AUGGUUGACUCAAUAGGAAAGAAAAUAGUUGCUUUGGUAAGUAUAUUUGCUGCAGUCUAUGCAGUAUUUUCCCUUUUCGGUCCUCCUUCUCCAGAGCAAAAUAUAAGGAAAUCAUAUUUUCGAGCUGACUUUAAUCGGAAUACCACGAAUGAUUCUGAAUUUGAAAAGAAUUAUACUUCACAGUUUGUACCGAAGUAUUUGACUGAGCUUUAUAAAGGAGAUUGGAAAGUGAGAGAAGAAAAUGCAGUUUUAAGUGGCAUGACGAGUACAGAAGGUAUUGUAUAUUUCCACAUUGGAAAGGAUGAUUCGAAAGAAAUCAAAGAAUAUAAGAUAUAUCUUUUUGAUGGGAUCUGGGAAAGCAAUAGCUUAUAUAAGCUUACCUUUCACAAAGCAAAAUUCGACACAGACAAGAAAUCUCUAACUAUGAGCGAAAAAAAUUUUUUUUGUUCGCUCACCGAGGUGUUUAACUUUUUCUUUUUUAAAAUUUAUAAUAAAUUUUAUUGGAUUUUUUUUUCAAAAUUCAAAAUAAAUCCAAUUUUUAAAAAUUAGAAGUGAAAAUUAAUUUAAUUUGCAAAAUUUAUGUUUUAAAUAUCAAGCUGUUUAAAAUAAAACAGAAUUAGCUAGAGAUUUCAUUAUAAUAAUUAUCACUUAUAUAUCAAAGUUUUUUUUUCAUAAGAAAUUUUUAUAUUAGAAAAAUUUUUGUUCGCUCACUAAGGGUGGAUUUUUUGGGAUUUUUCCAAUGGUUUUGUUCGCUCACAGAGGGGGGAGUAAGCAGUGACUCGUGCGUUAUAAAAACCGACCAAAAAGACAUCGAGCUUACCAAAUGUGCCUGUGAAAGCUCAUUCGAGUUCUCAACAGAUAAAAACAAUUUAUUCAAAAUUCGUGGAACAGUGAGAAGUGAAGAGUGCGGACUUGAUAUAAAAUUAUCAUUACAUGAAUUUACCAGCUCAGAAAAGCAGGAGCCAGUCGUGACUUAUAGUUUCAUUAUUUCUUGCGGGUCAGUAUUUUUGAUUUUUUGCUUCGCUAGGCACACUCAAGACUGUGUGUCUGAAAAUGUAGCCAAGAAGACUUCUCUGUGAAUGUUGGGGAUGCAGGCGACGAUUGAUUUGUUCUUUUGCUUGUAUCAUUGUCACAUGGCAGUGACUUAUGAAGUUUCUUUUGAUUAUUUAAUGCUAGCAUCUUUUUGGUGUUUUGCAGUUUUUAUGAUAAUACAAGGAAGGCUGACUUUAUUGGUCUGGAAGGCCCAGAAUCCAGAUUUGUACGCAGAAGGAUUGGAAAAUUUUAGAAGGCACUACAGUGGGUUCCAGACCAAAUUUUUACUGAUGAUAAUAUCAUCUGUAAUAGUUGCAGUGAUUUUUGAUUUCUUGUUUUACUAUUGGGUUCUCCUUAUCCACAGCUUUUUCAUUCCUCAAAUAAUUCUCAACGCAAAGCAUGGAUACAAAUAUUCCAUCAAAACCCCUAUUUUGGCUAUAAUGUUCAUCUCAAGGCUAAGCAUUGUUUUAUAUUUCUUUGGGUGUCCAGCCAACUUUUUAGCUAUUUCUCCAAAUUUGGAACUCUGCGCAAUCAUCACUGGCUAUUUAUCCUUGCAAUUAGCUAUUCUUCUUACUCCCCCCCCCCCCUCCGUGAGCGAACAAAACCAUUAGAAAAAUCGCCAUUUUUUGACCAAAAACCCACCCUCCGUGAGUGAACAAAAAUUAUUUUAAUAGAAAAAAUUUUUAAUGGAAAAAAAUUUUGAUAUAUAAGUGAUAAUUAGUAUAAUGAAAUCUAGAGCUAAUUCUGUUUAAUUUUAAACAAAUUGCGUUUUAAAAAAACAUAAAUUUUGCAAAUUAAAUUAAUAUUUGCUUCCCAAUUUUUGCAAAUUAGGAUUUUUUUAAAUUUCGAAAAAAAUAUUUUUUAUAAAAUUUAUAUAUAUAAAUUUUUUUUAAAAAAAAAAAUUAACCCCCCUCCGUGAGCGAACAAAAUUUUUUUGUUCGCUCACGGAGGGGGGGGGGGGGAGUUAUGCAAAAUACUAAAAUAGGGCCUCGUUUCUUUGUACCAAGGUUUUUACGGCCCAAAAUAUACAGCUACUAUAGAAGUCUGGAAGAAGAAAAAGAAAUUGAAGAAAACACUGACUGCAUCAUCUGUAUGACUCCACUGAAUCUACAAGGAAAAGACCUUGAAGGAACCGUGAAUAGGUCAAAAACCAUGCAUACUCCAUGUGGACAUAAAUUCCAUGAAGACUGUUUGAUGAACUGGAUGGUGAUCAAGAUGGAAUGUCCUACUUGUCGAGCUGUUCUCCCUGUACUUGAAGAAUAA